GCUGCGAAUCGGACACGGAAAAGAAGGAAAGAAAGAAACGCGCCGGCAUGGAAGGAAGCGGCUGAUUUGCGAGCCACUGAGCCAGCUGACCUUACCUUGCUAUUCUCUCCUGUUCCCCCACCCCCUCCACAGCACAUACGCAAAUUCUUCCAUUUUAUUAUUAUUUUUUUUUUGUGUGUCCGAGUUGGAGCACACAGUGCCCGGUGGGGAACGCACGCCGAACAGCCCCUGGAGACCGGAGGAAUAUUUACAAUAGAAACUCAAUUCAUCCCCAAUACGAAUAGCGAAAGAGGGAAAGGGAAGCCCGGAAUUGAAGAUUUUGGAACCCCAAGCGGACUUGUGACUGAUGGAUGGAUGCGGAGGCAGCGACAGGUACCAGUAGAGAGAGAGGAAAAACACAUUUGGAAAAAGCUGCGUGACUGAGCGAGCGCCCCAUCCCCUUUUUCUUGUGGUCGGAUUCCGUUCCCGAGAAGGUCGCCGGUCGUGCGUCAGCCACAGGUCAAGCAGGACACUUGCCAUCAUCCACCCAAAGCGAGGGUUCGCUCAAGGACAAGUUGCCCACAAGGACAUGCACGAGAUAGCGAGCUCGCAUGCUCCCGACUGACCGACGCUCGCCUCCCCACCGGCCCAUAGUCUCAUAAAGGCUGCCCGGCUCCGUGCGCCCGUUUUUUUUUUUUUUUUUUUUUUGGGGGGGGGAGGCUUUCUGACACCAACCUUCCGGGCUCCCACUUGUGCGGGUGUACAUUUCGCAGCAUGGCGGCCCUGGCUUGUUGGAAGUAUUACCUCUGGAUCUUUAUCUUGAUGUGUCGAACGGCGAGACUUUCGGCCAAAUCUCUGGAGACCAUCAUUUGGAGCUCGCAAAAUCCCAAAUUUCUUGCCGGCAAAGGCCUGAUUAUAUACCCAGACAUAGGUGACAAGCUGGAUAUCAUCUGUCCCAGAGCGGACCAAGGCCGAGAUUAUGAGUUCUACAAGCUGUACUUGGUGAAAAGGGAGCAAGCGGAGAGCUGCAGCACGGUCCUUGAUCCCAACGUCCUUGUCAACUGCAACAAGCCGGAGAAGGACAUCAAGUUUACCAUCAAAUUCCAGGAGUUCAGCCCCAACUACAUGGGCCUGGAAUUCAAGAAGAACGUCAACUACUACAUCACCUCAACCUCCAACGGCACAGUGGAGGGCCUGGAGAACCGCGAGGGAGGCGUGUGCAAGAGCCGAGCCAUGAAAGUCAUCAUGAAAGUCGGACAAGUCCCAAAUGCAGUCAACCCCGCAGUGCCAGAGGAUCCGGAAGAUAAUGCUCUGCCAGAAUCCAGUCCAAAGCCACCAGACCAGGAUCGAUUGGGACCCGAGAUCCCGGGAAACCCUGACACCAUCAACCAGGACCAGUCCGGUUCCUCCGCCAACUCGGACAGCAUCCUGAGCUCCAAAAUGGCCGUGUUCUCCGCCAUCGGAGCGGGUUGCAUCAUCUUCCUGUUGCUCAUCCUCCUCCUGGUCAUCCUGCUCAUCAAAAUGCGCAAACGGGCCAGGAAAAAUGCCCACUCGCAGCCCCGCCCCUCCGCGCUGUCACUCAGCACCUUGUCCAAUCCCAAGAUGCCCGGGGGCACUGCCGGCACGGAGCCCAGUGACAUCAUCAUUCCGCUGCGGACAGAGAACAACUACUGCCCUCACUAUGAGAAGGUGAGCGGCGACUACGGGCACCCGGUCUACAUUGUCCAGGAGAUGCCCCCGCAGAGCCCCGCCAACAUCUACUACAAAGUCUGACACUCGGCAGCCGAAGCAGACCAGAGGAAAUGCGGAUGGAUGUUCUUGUCUUUUGGGGACUUGAUUGUGACUUCAAGCCCUUGCUCUUUCUACCACCUGCUGCACAAAUCUGGAGAGAUGCGCACGGACCAGACUGAUGAGAGGCGUUUAUUCUGUGGGUUGUUAUUCUUCGGGUUGUUUGGAAAUCCCCAGCCUUGCUUCCUCCUUCUUUCACCUCCCACCUAGAAGGUCUCCCUGCUGUGCUCCGAAGAGGGCUGGGGGGCGGCGGGGGGUGGUAGUGGCUGGAGCGAAUAGAAAGACGGAACUUUCUGGUUUGCUGUCCCCCCUGGCCCCCUUUUAAUGGACCGGAUACAACCCUAACUGGCUCCCUGACGCGACAACACACAAACAUUGCACACUAUCUAUGAAUAGGCAGUUUGCGUUGGACGGAUGAAAAUAGUGUGUGUCUGUGUGUGUGUGUGUGUGUGUGUGUGUGCACCUGCGAGUCAGAGGGUGGGGUGGGGGGGCUCCAUGCGUGGCCGGGAAACUCUCCAGAUAGCUCAGGUAUCAGACACAGUGUAUGACAUAUUGUGUUCCUCUCCCUUCGCACCUCGGAUAUUUGCCUUACUAUUUUUGAUGGAGGACUUUCCCUGACUCAGUUCACAAAGCAGUUGUAUUUUGUUAAGACUUUUCCUACAAGUGCACAAUGUAUAGCGUUCAAUAGAUGAAGAAUCAUUAUUAUUAUUGCUCAUUAUACCACUCAUAUCAACGAUUACAGUAGAAAAACAAACACACUGGUGGUAUCAAGGUCUGUCGUCGCUCCUUCGAAUACAAUCUUCGCCGCACUUUGGUAUUUAUGACCUACCAAUGUGUAUUUGAGGAUGUGUCCCGUCUGUGUGAGUGUGUGUGUAUGUUUGUGUCUUUGGGCACGUUAGGACCUAUUUCCUUGGAGGGGUAGAACAAUGAGUCACUACAUCGGAAGCCUAAAAUACAAGACACAAAUUUUUCUCCAGCAUUCCACAUGGAUCUAUUUGGAGAUGUCAUUCUUUCUGGUGGAGCGUUCAGGAUUUUAGAACAAAAAUUUAAAAAAAAAAAAAAAAAAAAAAAGGCAACAGCAAUGUUGCAAUAAUGUGUUCGCUGCAGUUUGUGGUGCGACAACGCACUUUUGGGAUAGACAGUAGGUUGGCCUACAUGGUUAUCCUAUAUAAAUCGAACGGCUUACCGCAGACGGUUACACUAUUGUCUGAAGCCAUCUGUAGAUGAGUCAGUGCAGUUCACACUAAUGUGUGUGCCAUCUCCGUGCCCACGUUGCCCACGGUCGGCGGCCGAGGAGGCGAAAAUGUCCCUGUGAGGUUGCUUUAAUGUGCGAGGAAGACGGUAAGCUUGAGGUAGUUUUUAUUUUUCCAGCCUCACGCUGGUUCUGGUGUGAAUUAGGGAGUGUGUGUGUGUGCAUUUUGUGCCACAGUUUAGGUGUUGAGCCUUCAAGGAUACUGCAGCUCACUUAUCGGCAGCACCGGGUGCUGGGAUUUGUGCACACUGCGGUUGUAGCUCACAUGUUGUGUGACGGCUAAUUGCUUAUAGUUGCAGUUUUGUGGGUGCGAGUUCGUUCGUGAUUGCUUUUGCGGUCGAGCGGACCCGUUUUCGGGACAGGAAGUGAGGCUGCCAAAGUAAGGAGCGGCCUCACGUAAUGACGUGUAAGAGGAGAGGACAGCCAUUCCUCAGCAUGCGAGCUGACACACACACACACACACGCACACACGCAGACAGACACACAAAGACUGACGGGUCCAGGUUGAUCUCCAGGUCAGACUGCCGCUUGGUGUUUGCUCACCGUCAGAGACACCUAUCAUCUCCGACCACAUCCAUGGAUGUUCGCUGCUGAGUUAAAAGGCAGCUCGGGGAAGACUCCUGCGUGUCGUUAACCUCAGAGUUAACAACCUAAACAGCUGCCCGGGCUUUCGCGGUCCUGCAUUUUAACUCAGCACGCAGCCCUCAGCGGUUCCUCCAUGCAAAAAAAAAAAAAAAAAAAACGGUCGACAUCAAAUAUUUUGCUUUCAGAUCAGCGUGCCCCCACCUUCACCAGCCAAGGGAGUCAUUACCGCAUCACCGCAAACCAUAUUUCAUUUUCAUCCAUUCUUGUGACCACUUAAUGUUAUUCAAAUUGGGGAAGAAACAUUGAGAGAAAUGUAAAUAUAUGCAUAGAGCGCAAUUUAAGAUGUAAUUUCACCUGAACACUGCUCAUAAGAAAAAAAGAAAAAAAAACACAAAAAAAACCCACAACAAAAUUACAUUUUUUUUAAUGGAGGAUAUUUGUAAAUAGCUGUCUUUUUAAACUGUGUUUUGUAUGACUCCUUUUCAUCUGUUUGCAAUACGUCAAUUUUCAUUUCUUUCAAAGUGCAACAUAUUGCAACAGAGGCGUCUUCUUUUGCAGUGUCCGGUGUUGUUUCACCUUUUUUUUUUUUUAAUUCACUGUUUUUGAGUUACCUUCACUUCCACCUUUGGUAUAAAGUAAAACAAAAAUGAAAGAUGAAACUUUUGUGUCUCACACACACACACACACACACACACACACACACACAGACUGGUGCGAAGAGGCAGGGGAGGAGAGGGAAAAGAAAAGAGGCCACGUAUGACAGCGUGACCGCUCUCCAAUAAAUCAUGGGCUUUACACCACUCAUUAUCUCCCGGGCUGUCCUUUGUUUUACUUUUUCUUUCUCGCCACCUCCCUCGGCCCCUGUCAUCCUUCUAAUUUAGCACAUGGAUGUUGCUCGCGCCGAGCCUCGCCGGAGGGGGAUUUCUGCCAUUGUUCAAAAGCCACAGUAUUAUUUUUCAGCGUGCAUGUAUAAGCAAAAAAAAAAAAAAAAAAAAAAAGUCUGUUCAAAUUGUUUCCCCAUGUUUGAACCAUUACUGUCACCUUUUAUUAUUUGAUAUCAGUUUUUAUUUUAGCCUACUCCUCCUUUUUUUUUUUUGGUCUAGCCGCUUCUCAGUGUAAACUAUCGGCACCAGCUACAAUGGAAAAACAACGUUCCGCCAGUUUGGAAAAUACUGCAUAUUGAUAAAUAAAUUUUUCCCAUGGAACUUGGCCUUUCUUUGUUGUGUCUUUUGUUUUUUUUUUAUUUUCCAGUGAGCUUUAAAAAAACAAGAGAUUGUUUCCCCAUCUUGCUGACCACUUCAUGGUGGAGGCAGGAACUAGGCCGCCCACUCUCGCAG